UUUGAAGUUUCUACUGCUGCGUAGGCGAAUCUGUCUGCUAAUAUCACCAACUGAACGCUCCUGAACGUUUUCCACUUACUAUUGUGGGCUAAGUCAUACGUGUUUGUAAAUAAGUAAUAUAAGAGAUGAGGCAACUUAAACACCAUGAGCAGAAGCUGCUUAAAAAGGUGGACUUCCUACGAUGGAAAAGCGACGACAACGUUCGCGAGCUUCAGGUGAUGCGGCGAUACCACAUUCAAGACCGCGACGACUACAAGAAAUACAACAAAAUCUGCGGCAUGGUGACAAAGCUGACGAACAUGCUAAAGCAGCUAGACCCAAAGGACGCGACGCGGAUAGAGCUUACAGACCAGCUAAUCGAAAAGCUUCACAGCAUGGGCGUUCUCCCGACGAAGAAGAGCCUGGUACAGUGUGACAAGCUUGCAACAGCGGCCUUCUGCCGGCGGCGGCUUGCAGUGGUGAUGGUCCGGCUUAAGAUGGCUGAGAACCUGCGGGAGGCGGCCACGUUCAUCGAGCAGGGCCACGUACGUGUGGGCCCCGACACCGUGACGGACCCCGCCUUCCACGUCACUCGCUCCAUGGAGGACUUUGUGACCUGGGUGGACACCAGCAAGGUGAAGCGCAAGGUGCUCAAGUACAACGACAAGCUGGACGACUAUGACCUGCUCAUGUAGAGCUGUUGGGGAGGUAAAAAAAUAUAUGUUGGGGAGGGGGGCUGUGUGGGAGGAGCUGAGGGUUGUGGGU